AUGCUCCCCCUUUUCAAGAAAGCAGGCUUCAUCCUGCUCUUCUUGUCAUCUACACUCGCCGAUACGAUCCCCCAAAACCAACCUCGCCUCCGUUCAAAUGGCACCCUCAACCUUGCCCAGUCUGGUAGCUCCCCCAACACCCGUGACUUCGAUUUAGUAGACCGCUAUUACUACUACGACUGUCCAACGGGCUACUCAGAAUGCAGCACCGAUACGUCUAAAUGCUGCCCCACUGGUAAUGGAUGCUGCGACAGCGGCUACUGCGCUGACCCAGGAGACACCUGCUGUACCAUAGGAACGUGUCCCAGUGGCUGGGAUUGCUGUGGGAAUUACGGGUACUGCUCUCCCGUUGGGGGCGAAUGCUGUGAAGGGGGUUACUACUGCGACGUUGGGUACCAGUGCAAGAUCUGGGAUGGGGAAGAUGUGUGUUGCCCUGCGUCUGGAUGUGUAGGGUCAGACGGGACGGGCAGCUUGGGAAACACGGUUGGUGCUGGGUCUGCCACCGAGACUGCUACUUCUGCUGCGUCAGGGACUUCUACCUAUGAGUCUACUACGGAAGCAGGCUAUACGUAUACAUCUGACAGCUAUGAGUAUGAUUACUAUUAUACGACAUACUACUGGUCCUACUGGUUCUAUUUCUGGACUUCUUAUUCGCCUUAUACCGUGCAGACGGUGACUUCAACUGAGACUACUACCACGACGAUCUGGUCUGCUUAUGCGACUGACAGUGCUGAUGCAAGGGAAUCCUUCUCGUACAGCGUUGACCUCCACUCGUUCUACACUCCUUACACUGCUACAUAUCUGGAGAGCUCUACUGAUCCGGUUCCCAUUGCUACGGGUGCUGCGGGGACCCCGACUGCGACUGGAAUUGAUGUUCGUGUCGGUGGUGCACCAAGUACGGUUAUUGUUCGUGCAUGGGUCCCUUGGGUGUAUGCAACGUUUGGGCUUCUGAUGGGAGCUUUGGCUUUUGGACUAUGA